UAGGAAUUGUCUGCCAACUUAUAACUAUGUAUGCUACAGGAUUGCAAUUUGCAGACUCCGAGGUGUCAUGGCAAGGCGAGAAACGGAUUGAUACGGAUGCACGUGACUCAGACCAUCACUAUUACACCCUUCGUGGAAAGUUCCUUAGGUUCCCUUGAACGUCCUCUUUGAUGCUAUCAGGCCCUUGGGAAAGUAUCGCAAGUGAUGAUGAUGAAGGGUGUAUUGCCGAUAAAGAGUGCAUUAUGAUGCAAGAGGAGGAGUGGGAGGUGCUAAAGUCAAUUUUUCCAGACGUAUGUAUAUCUAACGAUGCUGGGCCGUUUGGACGUGCGAUCAAGCUAGAGAUCCCGGUAGAACUGUCACCCGCACGGAGUGUAACCAUCGUUCCUUCUACACCACCUCAAAGUCACUCUCACACUACGGGCCUGCUUACUGCGCUCCCGCCUUUCUUGCUCGCGUUGAUUCUUCCUCCGGAAUAUCCGUUAUGUGCAUCACCCCGUAUUACGUCGCUGACGUGCGCACAUGGUUGGUAUCCGAGCAGUGACCUGCAGACUCAGCUCGCUGGAAUGUGGACGCAUGAUUCGCAAGGGGUUCUCUAUACUUGGGUAGCAUUCAUCAGUGGAGGAGAGUUCCUGGAAUCCGGUGACAUCACAAUAACCAACUCCUCCCCUUUGGCGCUCCUUCCGCUGCUUGAAUCGUACGAUACACGUGCCCAAGAUACUGCAUUUGCUGAAACAACGUUUCCCUGCGCGAUCUGUCUGUCUUCACACAAAGGAAGGCAUUGCGUGCGACUUGCGUGCGGUCAUGUAUUCUGCCGUUCGUGUCUAACAGAUUUCUGGAGUUCGUGUAUAAGGGAGGGCGAUAUUGGACGGGUCGGGUGUCCUGAUGCUGUAUGUGUGAAAGCAGGACAAGAAGCUGGUGAGGAAGAUAUAGUAAGAGUCGUUGAAGAAGAAGAGGUGGAGAGGUGGAAGUGGCUUAGAGAAAAGAGGGUGUUAGAGCGGGAUCCUGGAAUGGUGCAUUGUCCUGCGUGCCAGACGGCUGUGCCGAGUCCAGAAGAGUCAAACGAAGAGAGUGGAUGGGCACGGUUACGUACGUGUGCGAGGUGCGAGUUUGUGUUUUGUGCGUUCUGUAGACGAACGUGGCAUGGGCCGAUCAGCGAGUGUCCGUUGGCGGUGACGGAGUCGUUUGUGAUGGAGUAUAUGGGGUUAGAAGAGGGCGAUGCUAGACGCUAUGAGAUUGAGAGAAGGUGGGGUAAAAGGAAUGUUUUGAGACUUGUUUUAAAGUAUGAGGAAGAGAGAAUGAACCGUGAGUGGAUAUCGAGAUGUUGUACGAGUUGUCCUGGAUGCGGGGUUCGAGUGGAGAAGAGUGCGGGGUGUAAUCAUAUGACUUGCAUCAAGUGUAAACAACAUUUUUGUUAUUUAUGCGGUGAAAAGUUACCAGGUUCUGAGCCAUACAAGCAUUUUAAUACCAUAGGAAAGAAUUGUUUUGAACAGUUAUUUGAUGUAGUGGUGUAGACUAGUCUAGUACCCUAGCUAGUCUUCCGUUGGUCUGUGCAGUCCAAGUGACUCUUUGUAAUUUUAUAAAAUUGAAACCCAG